GCAAGUCAUUACCAUGUGGUCAUGCCGAAACGGUCUAAAGGUUGGAUUUCAUAGGUUAGAAGGUCUACAAAAGUGUAACUAUCGUAUCGAGUUGUUUGGUUGCAUCUUAAUCAUCGAUACCAGCAACUGAAACAUUGUUGUAUAAUUUAAGAAUUAAAAAUAUUUACGAACAUGAAGCAAGAACAGCUAAAAGGUUGGUGGUUGAUAUGGUGGUUAUUUACGUUAUUUGGAUUUCCAAUAACAAUUCCAUGGUUAUUAUACCACUUUUACGAUCUCAUGCAGUAUAAACGGAGGAAAACAACGCUCCGUGGAAAAGUUGUAAUGAUAACUGGAGCUAGUUCCGGAUUAGGAGAAGCAUUGGCACAUACCUUUUAUAAUUGUGGUUGCAAAGUGAUUUUAGUUUCCAGGAGGAAAGAAGAAUUGGAAAGAGUGAAGAAUUCUUUAAUAAAUACCCAUCAUACAAUACCAACUUAUCCUCCUGUAAUCCUACCAUUGGAUAUAACUGACAUUAAUUCUCUAAAUUCUGAAGUAGGAAAAGUAAUUGAAAUUCAUGGACAAGUUGAUAUUUUAAUUAAUAAUGCUGGUAUUUCUUACAGAGGAGAAGUAGUUAAUACAAAUGUAGAUGUAGAUAUAAAAAUAAUGCUCACAAAUUAUUUUGCUCAAAUUGCAUUGGCAAAAGCUGUGCUUCCAUUUAUGAUAAAACAAAAAUAUGGUCAUAUAGUAUGCGUAAGUAGCGUACAAGGAAGAAUUGCUAUUCCAUACAGAUCUGCGUAUGCCGCAUCUAAACACGCGUUACAAGCAUGGUGCGAUAGUUGUAGAGCAGAGUUGGCUGAUCAAAAUAUAAAAGUUAAUGUUAUCAGUCCUGGUUAUGUACGCACUGCUCUUUCUCUCAAUGCCUUAACAGGAAAUGGGCAAGUCUAUGGAGUAAUGGAUAAGUCCACGGAAGAAGGAUACUCUACCGAGUAUGUCGCAGAACGCAUUUUAAAAGCAAUAUUGAAGGAUGAGAAGGAUGUAAUUAUAGCUACAUUUACUCCAAAGAUUGCAAUAUAUUUACGGACUUUAUGUCCAUCGCUUUAUUUUUGGAUUAUGCAUAAACGGGCGAGAAAGUCUGAAAAAGACGCAUAAUGUUCAAUGUUAUGUUACAAAGUAUCUUAAAGUAGUUGUUCUUACGUUAUAUUUUCUAUUGUUUAUACGAAGUACUUACAUUUUCGAAAUAAUAAUAUUUCGUUGUAUCACAUGUUGUAUAUAAAACGAAACCUAGAAUGUAAUAAAUUUAUAAUAUUUAUCUGUUGUCACUGAUAGGUGUAGGAUACACAUAUUUUACAUGGUUCGUUAAUAGAAAUGGGAAACAAUGCUAUUAAUUAAAAUGAACGUAAUUAUAUCCAAA